AUGGAGGAGGAUGGAAUCCCAGGGCUGUUUGGCGGUAGCGAGAGUUCAGAGGACCUCAGCCUGGACUUGGGGGCCCUUCAGGGCAGUGAGUAUCUCCAGGACCUGGGCCUCGGAGUCCUUUCACACAGCCAGCCUGGGGGAGCCGGAGGCAGUGGCCCCCCUAGCGAAGAAGCCAGAGGAGAAACGUCCCUCUCCAGCACUGCGAGGUCCCAGGGCCUCGCUCGGAGACGCAGCUGGGAGAGGUCGAGGAGCUGCUCCGAGAGCUGGCAGAGGCUCAGCAUCGAAUCCUCAGCUGUGAAUGAGGGGCCUUGUCUGCCUCGGACACUGGCCAGCCUCACUCUGAAUCUGCCAGGAGAGGGCCUGCAGGCCUGGACCCAAGGGUGUCUGCCUGGGGGUGGAACCCCCACAGAUCAACCAAGCAAGGAAUGUGACAGCCCCGAGAAAAGAGUGAGGUCACGGUCUGUUCCUGUGUCCUUCGAUGAGAUCAGCUCCCUGGAAAUCUUUCCAGCUUUGGAAGUGCCGCCUCCAGCUGUUCAAGGCCUGGACCCCCCAGUGCUGGAGUGCAUGGAAAAGGAUCAUGUGGAGCCGAAUCACGUGUUGAUUGUCCAGCAGGUGCUUGAAGAACUCCGACAAUACCAUGGGGCCCGGCAGAGGGCUCGAUUGUCAGUCUGCCCCGGAGGAGCAGCUUCGAACCUCACCUGGUUUGAGUUCUUAUCUGAGAGCGAGGACAGCAUGGGGAAGACGGAGAGAAGUGACAGGGGCACCAGGGUGAAACGCAGCCUGAGCUCCCUGCGCAAUCGAGUCACCAGGCAGAAGGAGAAGGGGAAGACCCCGGUGCAUCAGAAGGACAAAGGUCAGGAUGCGCGAGAGAGGAAAGAAUGUAUCAACGGGCACCAGCUGGCUCGAGGAACCUUCUCUGGCCACUCCAGCUGCCCUCUGUGUGGCAAACCUUUUCUGAGCUCUGGGUAUAAAAACAGCACAGAGCAGCCGGGUCUCAGCGCCCAGAGCGUGACCAUGGGGAACGGGCAUUCCAAGAGCGGUGACAGGGAGGGCGCACCCCGCAGCCGCCCUGAGCUCUCCUUCUACGGCUCUCUCCCCAGGAAGUGGAGCGAGAGCAUCUUCCUGGACAACGAGCUGCUGACCUCCAAGAUCCUGUCAGCGCUGCGGCCCCAGUCGGAGCAGGGCCUCCCGACGGGCCACCUGCGCUACCCCCAUCCCUGA